CCCCCCUUCUUCUUCUUCUCAUGGUGCAGGAGUGCGCCAAACCGACGCGGACAGACCAAACGAAACGGGGCAUAAAGGAGACACAACUAGCCUUCAUUUAAAACGGAAGACACUUUCUUCUUUUCCCUGCCAACAAACCAGACGUCGUUUUCUGUGUCGCGUAGAUUUCCACUCAUGAGCCGCUUCCUAUAGAGAGCCCGUCGGGGGGGAAAUAAAGGGGAGGGGGGGUUGUUCCCAAGUUUUCUCCUGCCGCUUUCCUUAACGUUAAACCAGCCGCUUCAGCCACCCCGGACACAUGGUGCUUUGUGCCGCCGCGAUAUUCUACCCCUUCGCAAAGCUGCAGCGUUAGCCGGCGGACGGACACAACGGGGGGAUACGCGGACACCGCAGCGGAAUGGAUAAUGCCCAUACAAAAACGGUGGAGGAGGUUCUGGGGUAUUUCUCUGUCAACGAGUCCACAGGCCUGAGCUGUGAACAGCUGAGAAGGAGUCGAGAGAGAUGGGGGCCCAACGAGUUGCCAGCUGAAGAAGGCAAAUCUCUUUGGGAGCUGGUACUGGAACAGUUUGAGGAUCUUCUAGUUCGAAUCUUGCUGCUGGCAGCCUGCAUCUCCUUUACCCUGGCAUGGUUCGAAGAAGGACAAGGGACAAUUACAGCCUUUGUUGAACCGUUUGUGAUCCUCCUCAUCCUCAUUGCCAAUGCCAUUGUUGGAGUGUGGCAGGAGCGUAACGCAGAAAACGCCAUUGAGGCUCUGAAGGAGUAUGAGCCGGAAAUGGGGAAGGUCUACCGACAGGACAAGAAGAGCGUCCAGAGAGUCAGAGCCCGAGACAUUGUGCCUGGAGACAUUGUGGAAGUGGCCGUUGGCGAUAAGGUACCUGCUGACAUCAGGCUGACAUCGAUUCGCUCCACCACUCUGAGGGUGGACCAGUCCAUUCUGACGGGGGAGUCUGUCUCGGUACUCAAACACACGGAUCCUGUACCGGACCCCCGCGCCGUGAACCAGGACAAGAAGAACAUGCUUUUCUCUGGCACCAACAUUGCCGCAGGGCGCGCCAUCGGGGUUGUUGUUGCGACAGGGGUGCAGACGGAAAUCGGGAAGAUCCGAGAUGAGAUGGCCGCCACUGAUCCUGAGCGGACGCCAUUGCAGCAGAAACUGGACCAGUUUGGAGAACAACUCUCAAAGGUGAUCAGUGUGAUAUGUGUGGCAGUGUGGGCGAUCAACGUGGGUCAUUUCAACGACCCCGUACACGGUGGCAGCUGGCUCAGAGGGGCUGUCUACUACUUCAAAAUAGCUGUGGCACUGGCUGUAGCCGCCAUACCGGAAGGACUGCCAGCGGUCAUCACGACCUGCCUAGCCCUCGGGACCAGGCGAAUGGCCAGGAAAAACGCCAUCGUUCGCAGCCUGCCGUCGGUGGAGACGCUGGGCUGCACGUCCGUUAUCUGCUCCGACAAGACGGGGACGCUCACCACCAACCAGAUGUCUGUCUGCAGGAUGUUUGUUGUGGACAGUGUGUCGGGGGACCGCUGCAGCCUGAGUGAAUUCACUGUGACCGGAUCGACUUACGCCCCAGAAGGGGAAGUUUGUAAGGAUGGAGUGGUGGUGAGGUGUAGUCAGUACGAGGGCUUGGUGGAGAUGGCCUCCAUCUGUGCCUUGUGCAACGACUCCUCUCUGGACUACAAUGAGUCAAAAGGUGCUUAUGAGAAGGUCGGGGAGGCAACAGAAACAGCUCUGUGUUGUCUGGUGGAGAAAAUGAACGUGUUCGACACUGACCUGACAGGACUUAGCCCUGCUGAGAGAGCCACGUCAUGUUGUUCUGUGAUCAAACAGCUGAUGAGAAAAGAACUGACGCUGGAGUUCUCCAGAGACAGGAAGUCCAUGUCUGUCUUCUGUUCACCCAAUAAAAUGUCAAGGUCUUCUACCGGGGCCAAGAUGUUUGUCAAGGGAGCUCCAGAGAGCGUGUUGGAGCGUUGUAAAUACAUCAGAGUCAGUGGUUCAGCGCGUAUCCCGCUCAGCACGCCGGUGCGAGAGCAACUCCUCGCCUCCGUGCGGGAGUGGGGCUCCGGCCAUGACACGCUACGCUGCCUCGCCAUGGCUACCAGAGACACGCCACCUGACCCCCGCUGUCUCAACCUGGAGAACACCGCUGCCUUCGCAGACUAUGAGUCGGACCUGACCUUUGUGGGCUGUGUCGGGAUGCUGGACCCCCCCAGGAAAGAGGUUCUCGGUGCGGUCCGAAUGUGUCGGCAGGCUGGCAUCAGGGUCAUCAUGAUCACUGGUGACAACAAGGGCACGGCCCUCUCUAUUUGUCGACGCGUGGGCAUCAUUACGGAGCAGGAGGAGGAGGAGGGCGGUGCAGCGGGUGCGGGGACCCCGUUCGGUGGUGGGCUGACCGGGCGCGAGUUCGACGAGCUGCCCCCACAUCUCCAGCGGCAGGCCUGCCGCACGGCGCACUGCUUCGCUCGUGUGGAGCCGGCGCACAAGAGCCGCAUCGUGGAGUACCUGCAGAGUCUGAGUGACAUCACCGCCAUGACCGGUGACGGGGUGAACGACGCGCCGGCGCUGAAGAAGGCGGAGAUAGGCAUUGCGAUGGGCAGCGGCACGGCUGUGGCCAAGUCGGCCUCCGAGAUGAUCCUGGCCGAUGACAACUUCUCCACCAUCGUGGCCGCCGUGGAGGAGGGCAGAGCCAUUUACAAUAACAUGAAGCAGUUUAUCAGAUAUCUGAUCUCGUCCAACAUCGGAGAAGUGGUCUGCAUUUUCCUGACGGCGGCGCUGGGGAUGCCCGAAGCAUUGAUCCCUGUUCAGUUGCUUUGGGUCAAUCUGGUUACCGACGGUUUUCCUGCAACUGCGCUGGGCUUCAACCCCCCGGACCUCGACAUCAUGUCCCGCCCCCCGCGCUCCCCCAAAGAGCCACUCAUUUCCGGUUGGCUGUUCUGUCGCUACCUGAUCAUCGGAUGUUAUGUGGGAGCAGCCACGGUCGGAGCUGCAGCCUGGUGGUUUUUGGCUGCUCAUGAUGGACCUAAACUUUCCUUCUACCAGCUGUCCCAUUACCUGCAAUGCAGCGAGGGCCACAGUGAGUUUUCAGGAGUUCAGUGUUCGGUCUUUGAGUCCCCGUACCCCAUGACCAUGGCCCUGUCUGUCCUGGUCACCAUCGAGAUGUGCAACGCUCUCAACAGUCUGUCUGAGAACCAGUCCCUCCUGAAGAUGCCCCCCUGGUCUAACCCGUGGCUGGUGGGAGCCAUCUGCCUGUCUAUGGCUUUGCACUUCCUUAUUCUAUAUGUAGACCCUCUGCCUGUGAUCUUCCAGAUCCGUCCUCUGACUUGGCCCCAGUGGGUGGUGGUGUUAAAGCUGUCACUUCCAGUCAUCUUGAUGGAUGAGGCCCUCAAGUUCCUCGCCCGCAAUUACAUCGAACCGGGAAACCAGCUCCAGGAGGACGAGGAACGGCUGGCGGCCGGCGGGGGCCUGGUGAGCGCCGUGAGUGUCCGGGUGAGCCAAGCGUUCAGGGGCGUCUCCUGGUCCUUUGUGUUGAUCUCCACCCCGCUUUUGGUCUGGAUCUUCAGCCUGGACUCAGACAUCACCAACAUCUUCUGGGAGUGAUGAGAGGAAAGAGAGGGACAGAACAGGGAGGUGGCAGGAAAGAAUUGGGAAAGGUAGGAGAAUAGAGUUAAAGUGAUAUUGUCAAUCCAACAUUUUUCUAGGAGUGGUAAAGGAGAGAGAGGAGGAGCUUUAUUUUCAAUGGAGGGAAAGCGGGCGAGGCGGGGGGAAAAAAGGAGCAAAGCUUAGGGUAGAAAGUUAAUUUUAACACCAUGAAGGAGGUUGCCUUUGGAGCAGAGGAAAGAAGAAAAUACAAACAACUACUUGACGGUAUUAAAGGAGACAGUAGCUGUAAAAAUGUCGUGGAGUUUGUUAAGAAAUAAAAAGUUUGGAGGGAGAGAGAAAAGAUCUAGCCGGUAACUGACAACCAGAUGAAGAACAACUGGUGAGAAAUAAUGUAAGAUGGGUGGAGAAAGCAAAUGAGCGGCUAAGGCAGAGAUACAAAAAAAAAAAGAAAAGGUUGUGAGUCCAGCAUCAUAUAAACACACAGACACACACACAUACACACACCCCCACCAGCUUCACCAUCAGUCAGUAACACACGUGGAUCUGUGCUACACGGUAGUCGACACAACAGCAUCAGGACAGGAUGAAGAAGGUCACAUGACUCUACUGAGCAGUCACAAUGCAUUAAACGAUGCAAUGCAAAAAAUGCAAAAACACAAACAAACUAAGCAACAUCAUAUGCACUCUCAGCGGAUUUCCUUUCGGACGCUUCACGUACAACUAAAUUUAAGCAUUUAAGUAAAGACGGCCGGUGGACGACUGCGUGUCGGUGCCCAUCGCAUACUUGACAUGUGCUGGGGGGGGUGGAUGUUCAGUCCGUGGCCAUCUUGUGACUGUCCUCUCCUGCAAGAUGUCGACCGGCUUCUGCUCACGUCAGGUUUACAUAAACUCGCGUCGGCCGUCCCGGAUGUCCCUGGGGGUUUAUAAUACUGAUGCUGGAUUGAAACCUUUCGUCAAAAACCCGAGUGAGAGAGCUCCUUUUAAAUAUUUGGAUAAGGGGGGUAAAACAAAUCCAUCAUCUGAGAGGCGGUCAGUUUGAAGUUGUGGGUAUGCGUAGAGAGGGAUUGUUUAUUUUCAGGUAAUGUGUAACGUUAACACUCCUAACGGUUAGACUUGACUCCCUACAUGUAAGACAAAGUAGCUUUCCAAGUAGUGCGACUAUAUUUAAAUGGUUUUUUUUUUAUUUGAAGGCUUCUGUAAAGCCCUAUGUUAUUUUCUCUGCACUAUCGUUGCAAUACUGAAGUUAUGCGGGGUGGACGUCUUGUUUGUUAUUAAUUUUUAUAUAUUUUUUUUUAAGUCGAUCUUCCCCGAGACCGCCCCCCGCGCUGGUGAAACAGAAAUAAGCCUAGAAGCUCGUGGUCGACCCGUUUCUGACGAAAACGGAGCAACGGCGAGUGUUUUGAGGGGGAAAUGUGUUUAUUUGUACAUUUCCUGCCCGUUAAAGGCGCGUCGUUUCUUCAUCGUACGCGUGCUUGUGCAGAAGGGGAGUCGUUGACGUGUGCAAUAAGAGACACUUCUGCUGCCCGUUUUCUGUAACCAGCCAUGACACACACUGCAUGAACUCCCUCCCCACACUUCCCCCCCUGGUUUUAUGUGUAGAAGUAUUAAUAAAGGUCACACGGCGGUGUGCGAAAACCCGUUAUUUUUUUUUUUUUCUUGCCAAAAAAACGUUCUCCGUUCUCCUUAACACCAUUCGCCCGUGAUGGACUUAAAAAAAGACGCCCGUGUAGGAAACCCCAAGUGUGUUGUUGUUGUUUUUAUACAUCUUUUUAAACGAUUACAGUCGUCACCAGACAGGUGAAAAGCUACGUUGUGUGACUGUAAUGUGGUACUUCAUUGUGACGAUGGUAGAAUCGCUCGCGUCCCUAACGAGUCGAUGUCCAGAUGAGGCGGUUCUGCUACUGGACACGGCACGGCCCCCUUUUCUUUCCCUUCACACAUCCCAUGUCUCCCGUGUCGCAGCUGGAAAGGUGGAGGGAAAAGAAAAACUAUGGCAAGAAGGGGUUGGCUGCUGGUUCGAUUCCCGUUCAGCACAGGCGAAACACCAAAGAGCCGGGGAGAUGCAGCAGUCAGGCGACAGAUCCCAACAGAUGACGCCGGUUCUUUCUUUUUUACGUCACGCCCGGCCGCAGUUAAUCUCCGCCAAUGCAAUACAUCGUUUACGCUCUGUCUCGUUUAAAGAUCUUGUUAAAUAUUAUUGUUUACAUCCGUUUUAUUAUUUACACCCAUGCCACCGUGUAAGGGCACUGAACAGACAAUUCAUGCAUUUGGGAAGGAAGUGAAGACUAGACUGGAAAGGGGAAGGAAGGGCAGAGGGAUGGCUCACUGGGAUGGCAAGAUGAAAAAGAAAGAAAGGGAUUUUUUUUUUUUACCUCUUUGCAGGCUGUCAUUGUUAAAUAAAAAAAUAAAAUAAACCAAAUAAGAAAAUAAAA